AUGUUACCGGACGUUCGUUUCGCAGAAAAAAUGUCACCGGAUGUUCGUUUCAUGAAAAAAAUGUCACCGGACGUUCAUUUCGCGAAAAAUACGUCUUCAGACGUUCAUUUCGCAGAAAAACGUCUUUGGAGGAUGGAGGGAU